AUGGCAGACUCUUCGUCGCCCCGCGAGCAUUCGCCUACACAAGACGACGACGUGUCAUUGCCAGAUGCACCGGCGCCAGCCAACAACGACGACGCCCCUGCACCAGAGAACACCAAUGGUGCUGCUGCAAACCAACCCGGCGUAGCGCUGGAAGACCUCUUUGAUGACGACGAUGAGGCUCUCGCGAACGAACUCGAGGCAUCGAGCGCGGCCAACAUCCCUUCUUCACCACCUCAGACCGCCCCGAGCUCCUCGGCGCCCGAGAUCGCCUCGAGCGCUCAACAGCAAGAAUCAUACUCAGACCCCAACCUGAUGCGUCAAUUCUACUCUCGACUCUUCCCCUUCCGCUCGUUGUUCCAAUGGCUCAAUCAUUCUCCCAAACCCGGUCCAGACUUCAGCAACCGCGAGUUCGCCUUGACACUGCCGAACGAUGCCUAUCUGCGAUACCAGUCAUACCCUACGGCCGAUAUGCUGCGCAAGGACAUCCUCCGGCACAAUCCAUCCCGGUUCGAGAUCGGGCCCGUAUACACCACCAAUCCGCGAGACCGGAAGACGCUGCGGAAGAGCUCCAUGUUCCGGCCGCUGAGCAAAGAGAUAGUGUUUGAUAUCGAUCUGACGGAUUACGACGACAUCCGAACAUGCUGCGAGAAAGCGAACAUCUGCAACAAGUGCUGGGCGUUUGCGACGAUGGCGAUCAAGGUCGUCGAUGUGGCGCUGAGAGACGACUUUGGCUUCGAACACAUCAUCUGGAUCUACUCCGGGCGGCGUGGUGUGCAUGCCUGGAUCAGUGACAAGGACGCCAGGGAACUGGACGACGACAAACGAAAAGCCAUCACCGGGUACUUUGAGGUGUUGAAGGGAGGCGUCCAAGGUGGAAAGAGAGUCAAUCUCCGACGUCCGCUCCACCCGCAUAUAGUACGCAGUCUGGAGAUCCUGAAGCCUUACUUCGCUCAGGUCUUGGUCGACCAGGAGCCAUUCCUGUCCAAGACCGGCCAAGACCGGCUCCUGCAGCUGCUUCCGGACAAGUCUCUCACCGAGGCACUGGCCAAGAAAUGGGCCAGCAGUCCCGAGCGCCCGAGCCACAAGAAAUGGGCCGAUAUCGACUCGAUGGCAGAGACCGGGGUCAGCAAAACCCUGGACCGGAAAGCGUUGUUGCAGGCUAAACAAGACAUCGUGCUGGAAUACACCUAUCCGAGAUUGGACGUGGAAGUCGGGAAGAAGAGGAUCCAUUUGUUAAAAAGUCCGUUCGUCGUGCAUCCCGGCACGGGGCGAGUCUGUGUGCCCAUUACCGCUGGCGGGGACAUGAAACGCGCCGACUCGUUCGAUCCGCUCUCCGUGCCUAAAGUCAAUGAACUACUCAGGGAAGUCGACCAAUUUGGCGCCGGUGCAGGAGAUGGCGACGAGCCGUCGAACGGGUUUGUCGAAGACGGGGUGACGAUGCGGAAGUUGAAUGAUUGGGAAAAGACGAGCUUGAAACCAUAUGUCGAAUUGUUCGAUGGAUUUGUCAAGACUUUGCUCAAAAGCGAGAUGGUCCGUGUGAAGCGGGAAAGGGAUGAAGACGGUGCUACUGGGACCGACGGGAUGGAGUUUUGA